AUGUCAUCCUCCAGAGGCCUAAACAACAGCAGAGCUCACCAGAUCCAAAGACAGGACGAAGAGGAAGACGUGGUUAUCUUAACACAAGUGGAUAAAUCGGCUCUGAUAGCACAGUUUAACUGUAGCUUGGUGGGGAGAAUGUUUAACAAAGAGGACAGAAGCAUCAAGGCCUUAAUCGCUCUUCUCCCCAUAGCUAAUAUAUGGGAUGUCGAGGGCAGAGUGCACGAUGUCGACUUGGGGAACUCCCGCUUCCAGUUCGAUUUUUACUCGGAGACAGAUCUCCAGAAAAUUCUCAACAAACGACCCUGCCACUUCAACAGAUGGUCUUUUGCUUUGGAGAGAUGGUCUCCCCACGUUGGAGAUGUAUUUCCAAACUCCAUGACUUUCUGGGUUCGCACAACAGGCAUUCCAACCCACUUCUGGAUGGAUGAAAUCUUCUCUGAAUUUGGAAAAACCAUUGGGGUUUUCGGUGCCAUAGAAGCAAAGGCGGCAAGGUUCCAAGUAACCAUAAAAGUAGAUGAGCACCUGAAAUUCGAAAAGAGAGCAAGACUCUCUACAGGCGAGAUUGUUACGGUUUUUCUGAAGUAUGAAAGCUGUACCGAUGGUGCUUCACAUGCUUCCACAUUUCUCAUGAGGAAAGUUCUUGCCCACUGCUUACUGAUCAGCAGAGAAAAGAAAAAAGAAAAGAAAGAGAGGCUGCUAGAGACCCUGAUGUCCAGAUAA